CCCCUGACCCUAACGGAAAUACGUGCACCUCAUAAAACCACUGCACUUUUAAUAACGAACAAAAAUGGAAACUUAACCGUGACAAUUACACCUUUGGUAAUUAACUGUCGCGGAUUAAUGCUUUGUCCUGUGUCCGGUAUCAUAAGGUGAGAAUUGAAUAGAAUCCAGAUAACAAGGAAGUGACUCUUCUCACGUACACUCCUGCAGGCUAGUUUAUAACUUAUGUUAACCAACGAGAAAUUCUUUCAACACAUCGGCUCCAUAAAUAAAUAGCACUAGUUGCUCUGUUUAAUUUGCUGCAAAAAAAUUGAGAACUCUGACUUCGAAUUCGAUGGCGCCAAAGAAAGUCUCACAGGUUAUCUUCUCGAAGAAUCACAAAGAAGUAUAUCACUGUGAUAAAGAAAGAGUUUCCUUGACGGUGAAGUUUGGCUGUUAAUGGAUCUGCUGUCUAUAAGCUGUUUCAGACUUUAAAUACUUCGUGAAAGAGCAGGUGAAGUCGCAUAAACUGGAAAAUCACUGGACCAACAUUUUAACAAUUAAACAAGCACUGGAUAUCAAUUUGUUAUCACAGGCAACGUCAGCGAAAGCUCCCCUUCCAAAAGUCCACGCCGUCAAAAUUUGUCAUAGGCAGCGUCAGCGAAAGUUCGCUUUACAAAAGUCCACAUCAGAGUCAAAGUUGUCCUUACAUGGAAGCAAUAUUUACAAACACUAUGGUACAUAUAAACUUCAGAGGAAAUUCUUCGAAUGAUUUGCAGAACUCGACGUCAGUCACCUUAUCGUCAACCGAGAGUGCCAAGUUUAAAAUCGUCAAACUGUUCUUUUAUGCAAUCAUAUUCCUUAUCAGCGUUAUUGGCAACACUCUUGUCUGCAUUGUAAUAGUUAGAAGGCAUCGAAUGCGUACCGUGACAAAUUGCUUCAUAUUAAAUCUGGCAGUGGCCGAUCUCGCCAUUACUUGUAUUUGCAUUCCAUUCGAUAUCCCAGUCCAAGAAAACAACUACAAAUGGCCGUAUGGAAGUCUUCUUUGCAAGCUUCUUUACCCUCUUCAGACAAUGGCUAUGUUCGCGUCAAUCUUCACCCUGAUGGCCGUUAGCCUAAACCGCUAUUGGGCCAUUGUCUACCCUUUGCAAAACCAAAUGUCAAAGAGGCAUGCAAAGGGAUUCAUCUCUGUAAUAUGGCUUUUAUCGGCCUUGGUCACGCUUCCUUACAUCUUAGUGCUGCGACUUGACGAAGAGACGGUGAGCUGCGAAGAACACUGGCCUGUGAAUGUUAAUUACAGAAAGGCGUACACACUGUCACUUUUCCUGGUUCAGUACGUGGUCCCUUUGACAGUAAUCACAUUGGUCUACUUGAAAAUUGCACGUGAGAUGCGCAAAUGUAUUAAAAAGAGGAAGACAUCUUGUAUUAACAGAGACCUCAGCAAAUCUCAUCAGAUCGAGAGGAAGCGAGUUGUACGCAUGCUAAUUGUUGUAACAGCUCUCUUUGCAGUUUGCGUUCUGCCUAAUAACAUUAUGUGGUUAUGGCUAGACUUUGGCAAUGGUGAAGAAUACGAACAUUUUUGGGACGUGGUCGCGGUCACCAAUAUUAUCCUGUUCGCUAACAGUGCUGCGAAUCCAAUAGCCUACACGAUAUGCCACGAUAAUUUUCGGGAGGAAUUCCGACAUUAUGUCUCGUGCGACCGUAAUAUUUUUAAAUCAAUACUGGAACGGUCUUCGUUUUCGAGAGCCCAACGCGCAAGUUAUUACACCACUACAUGGACUCGAAUAAGCUCGAUGAAAGGAAGAGAAUUAAAGAAAAUGAUGAAAAACGCACCAGAAACCGAUGUAUAACCCUUAACUCUCGAGGACUAAUCCAAAAUACAGUGUAACCAAAAUCAAGAAAACUACCACAAGAAUAUGUGAUUUGAAGCACAUUCUCAAAAAUAACUUGUGCCAAUCAGGGCCCGCAUGUUUAGAGCACGAUUUACUUAAUUCAGGAAUAGCUUUUAUUUCGAAUUGUAUUUAGCUCUUUGGGGUUUUGCUGAUAUUUUCUGUCUCCUAGUUUUAUACGUCAAUUUUUCUUCAACUUGGGAAACACUAUUGCACGUCCUCAUGUAGAUAUAUGUACAAAAAGAAAAUCCUCCAUCAACUUUUCAUCCUAAAUUAGUUUUAACCAUCUUUUCAACAAGUGUACCUAGUGCAGAAAUUUAUUUAUACGAGCUCCUUGAGACACAGACGUCCGAAUGUAAGACUAAAACUAAAAUGUCUCGAUCGACGUGUUAGAGGGAUGUAAUGGUCUGCUCGUUGCUUGAAAAGUAAGACAGACUAAGUUCCUUUGACAAUUAACAUGUUGAUAAGCAGAAUGCCCAUCUUUCCACAUAAUUGUAAGGCGAGAAUUUUAGAGCUAUAGAGAUGGUGAUCUUUUGGUUAUCAUCGAUUUUUUUGUUGUUACUUCUUUCUUAUUUAUUUAGUCACAGUAAGAAAACAAAACAAAACAAAAACUACGAGCCUACAAACUUACAAACAACUUACAAACCACGGAUUGGCGUGUAAGACGGAAUUGAGUCCCCAAACUUUGUCACAGGGAAGCCACUUCUAAACUAUUUUAGAAAAUGCAAAAUCUAGUGCAUCUCGAGUUACGUUUUUCAUUUAAAGCGAUAUUUGAACUUUUGCCCUUGGAGAAGCCCUCAAACCAUUGUUAUUAUGCAAAUUUACCGUCCUAAUCAACAUUACGAGAAAGUUCGUUUUUUGCAACUUUCCCGACAAAAAUAACACCUGCACAUAGAUUCCACUGUGAAAAUGUUAUUUGAAAGAAACCGUAAAGCUUCCUCUGUCAUUCUGGGAAAUGAAAUUUGGGGAAAUUCAAUCUGUGACUUCUGAACACAUGUACAGUAUUCCCAUGAAGCGUUAUGGCCUUUGAACUUACGGUUAUCUUCAGUGCUUUUCGUAUGCUGCAAGGUGGUCAAUGCUCUCAUUAAAACAAAAUAUGCCACAAAAGAAAGGUUUUCUUACCAGAUUUUAAGAUAUAUAGCUUACCAUCCACUUGUAUGGCUCGAUUUGCGCAGCAGCACUGGAUGUGAUGGCGUGACGAUCAUUCACAAGUAGCUUUUCUUGGAUCAACUUGGCCAGAAAGCAUUUAUCUUAUGACAACACAGUGUAUUGAGACUCUUUGAUAAAGUCUUUCAAAAUAAGUCAAAAUGACUUUCGUUUUUGGAGUUUUGGAACACUCAGUGCGGUACAUGGAAAACCCGUAUCCGAUAUUUGUGUGCCGCCG